AUGUCCGGAGGCUGGAACCCCAUCACCGGCCGUGACUCGGGCACCGGCCGCCCCGCCUUCUCUCCGUACGGAGCUCCUCAGCCGGCCCAAGGCCAAGCAUACAUCCCUCAUGCUGGCGGCCCAGGCUACAACUUUGGUACAGUGCCUCAAUACGCCUCGUGGCCCAACGCGGCUUACGGAUACUAUCCUAUAGGCGCCGCUCAAGGCCUCCCGCAGUAUGGCGGCAUGCAUGCCCCGGGAGGCUAUCCCGGCUUCCAAGCUCCACAGACUUUUGCCUACCAGCCCAACGGAACAGGCAAUCUCCUCCCCCGUCAACCACAGCCUUAUCCCAACAUCGAUCCUACGAUGCCGGCUGCCCAAAUGACAAACACCACCGGCGGCACGGGCUGCGAGCCGGGCUACAACUACUUCUUCCCCGCAGAGCACACCAAAGCCCAUAUCUUCAAGACCAACACUCCGCCGUGGCAGCUCCCUCCCACAGCACAGAUCCCCUUCAAAGCGGCGCAUAUACCGUGCAACACGACCAUGGCAGAGCUGCUCAAGGGAUUUGGCUGCACUAAUCCAACACCGAAAAAGAACAAGUGCUUCGAGGUUGUGAGCGGAGGUGGAGGAAAAUGGUAUAAAGGAUUGGAGGUGAAUGGCGCAGACAAGGAUAUGCUGAAGAAGACGAUUAAAGAUGUGGGAUGGGAUUCUACGCGGACGGGCAAUCCGAAUGAGAAGCCGGUGGUUUGUCUGUGGUUUUGCAAGGAUUAG